GAAUUCCUCGUUGAAGUUCUUCGCUCGCUCGAGGCGUCACGAACGACACAACGGCGCGGCUCUUUCAGGUUAUGCCGUGCCCUGCCCCUCCUCGAUCGCUGCUCCUCGGCGGGAGACGCGACCGCGCGCCGCGGCCGACGUCGCCGCGUCGUCGCCGUGGUGGACUUUGAGGGAGCGCUCCUAGCUCGCUCCGUUCUUUUAGCGCGCGCUUUUAAACGCCCUCCACCCCUUCUCUACCGUGUGCCAUGGAGACCGAUCGCGACGCGUUCAAUUUCACGGCCGUCCUCGCCCCGGCUCUUUUAACCUUCGCCACGUGCCUGACGAUCUUCUACCGGCUGAGGGCGAGAUGGCCCGUGAAGGUGAACUGCUGGUUUUGCAGCGAGAACACGAAGAUCUGGAGGCAGCACCUGGACUGGUGGCUGUGCCCCUGGUGCGAACAGUACAACGGCUUUGCCAAGAAUGGCGAUUACGCGUACGACAUUCCGGAGCAGUACGCAACGCCGAGAGUACGUACGAGAUACUGCAGGCCGCAGGCCGAGGUAGGUGGCAACGGCCGUUCUCACGUCCUCAGGGGUAAUCUCUGCGAGUGCUGCAACAAGCGGGAAAGCCUGAAGCUGUCGGAACUGUCCAGCUUCGAGCCCAAGAGCGAGAGGCUUUACGACGCCGAGCUGAGGGCGUUCAGGGAGCACCUGGAGGCGAGGUAUCCGCUGUGCGACAGCUGCAAAUCGACGGUGCGAGACGUGUUGCGCAGGCAGGCGGCGUGGCUGACUCGUUGCAAGAUGCUCCUCUUCAGGCGGAGGCCGAUUAAGACGCUCGUCGGUAACGCGAAAAAAUGGGAGACAACUUUCCGCGCUAUCUCAACGCUCCUGGUCUCGACGGUCAUAUACAACCAGAAUUUCAUUUGGCCACCAAUCGGCGGGCUGUUCUUUCACCUGUGCGCUUGCUGGGCGAGCUCGAUGAGAAACCGGAGAUUCGACGUACCGUUGAUACCUUUAUGGCUCUGCGUGAUUAGUCUCGUGUUCAUCGAGGAUUUGACUCUGGCUCAGAAUGUCUGGCUCGCGACGGAAGAGAUCACGCAGUACCGCAUGAUAGAGGUAUGCGCAUUCAUCACAGCCUUGGUGAGCAUAAGAUCCAGCUUGUGUAAAGGUACAUUGACCGGCUCGGUGGCGUUUAAGAAGAUCAAGUUGCACUCGCGAGAUGCCGUCGUCUCGCCUCGGCUCGCGUACAACAGUCGGGGCAGAAACAGUAGCGCUCCGAGCGAGGCGAACGACAAUAUUAAACCGUCGGUCUACGCGGCGGACGAGUUAGCUUCCGCCGAAAUCAAAUUCGCGUUCAGCAAGUCGCAUUCAGCAAUACUGAGGCAGAAGCUGUCCACGAUCACGAACGCGAGCGAGCGCGGCAUCAACGGUUAUCUGAACUCCGUCUCUCCGAAUGAGUACAGUCCACCGGACAGCUGCUACCUGAACGACAGCCUGAGCUCCCUUCUGCUGAGCGAGGAGUCAUCGCCGCGAGGCGGCAGGUUCGCGAAAGCGACGCCGGCGAUCUUCGAGCGGAGGGUGUACAGCUCGACAAGCUCCGAGAAUCUGUUCAGGCGAUCCAGCAGCGGUGCGUACAGCAGCAAGCGCAGGUGCAUCCUGUCGCCGCCGAAGCUCCGAUCGGUGACGCAGACCUCGUGGGUGGCGGGCGGUUACUGGCAGGAGGGUAUGAUGACGACCGCCACGCCGCCGCUGACGCUGUCGCGCUCAUCCAGCCAGAGCUCCGGCUUCGGGUCGUCGGUCGGCUCCUCGAAUCUCGCGCCCUCGCGCGAGCCGUCCGUGCACGAGUUCGACCGGUGCUCGGUCGUGUCGGAGGCGACGCGAUGGUCGUGCCAGACGACGACGACGCCACGGCCGGGCCGGCAAGUCGCGAGGCACGACUCGCCGCGGCCGCAGUCGCGGUACUCCGACGUCGCGGCGGCGACGGGGAGUCGCGAGCGAGCGACGGUGCCGUCGCCGGUGGCGCUCGACGACCGCGUCCGGGAGGCGGGUGGCGCACGCAGGCCGGACGUCGAGAUGCGAAACGGCUCGGUGCCGUCGGCGUUCGCCGGUCAUCACGCAACGACGACGACGACGACGACGAUCGUCGCGAGCCCCGGCUGGCUGUCCGCGCUGCUCUGCGGCUCGCUGAUACUGAACAUGAUAGUACUGUGCACCACGCUGUUACGUUAAAGUACAGUCGCGACGAUCGAUCGCGCGGAAUCGCCGCGGAUGUCCGUUCUGUGUGUUCACGCGGAUAAUUUUUAUCAAUCGGCCACGGCUAUUUGUUGUGAUCUAGCUAGCGUUAAUCGAAACGACCCCGAGUACUCGGGGGCAAAUCUGUAGUCUCGAACCUCGGAAGAUCCUCCGUUCCGCAGUUGUUUUUCUCUCCUCCCUCUUCGCGUGCGAUCUUCC